AGGUCAUACAGACUAAUUUUAUAUACACAUUAUCAACAUAAAAUAUUAACAUGAUUAAGGAAAAUGAGCAACGAAGAGAAUAAAGAUGAAAUAACAAGACGGCUGGAAAAGUUUAAUCCAAGUUUCUUUCAACGAUCACCAUCGUCCGGCACUGUUAGAUCAAGUUUCCGUAAACAACACAUUACAACUACGACAAACCAAGAAUCAGCACCGAUAGAAACAAACAAAAACGAAUGCGAGACUUCAGAAACAUGCAUACAAUGCAUAACGCCAAUUCCAGCUCUUUCAUGGAACGACAUUUAUGCAGGGGACCAUAUUAUCUUUGCAGGUAGAAUAUACGACCAUCACGCUAUAGUAGUUCACAAGUAUCCAAUAAAUGAAGCGGAUGAAACUAAAGUAUGUCUUGAAUUGGUUCAUGCAACAAAUACGGCAACUAAGGCUUUCAUGGCUAGCUUCCAUCCAUUUGGCAAUAAAGCAAAGUUAAGAAAGAUGAAAGAAGAAGUAGAUCUUACAAAAAGUAAAGUCAUGAUUUAUGUAUACCAGAAUACUAUUAAACACUUUCAUCCAGAGGAGAUAAUAAAAAGAGCCAUUGCUGAAGCAGAUGCAGAUGCCGAAGGGGGAAAAGGUGAAUUUGUGUAUGAUCUUUUUGUAAAUAACUGUGAGCAUUUUGCUACCUGGUGCGUUACCGGUCAAAAAUUAAGUUUGCAAGUGAGAAAAGUCGGCAUGAUUGUGAAAAUGUUUUUUAGAAACGGAUUUCGAGGAAUAAGCGACGAAAAUCAACGAAAUGAAAAAGAAUUUAAGAGUGGCAUGCUCUGUGAAACAUGUUACGAAAGAAAUAAACAAUUACUUUGUGCAGAGAAAACAAAAAUUCAGAAUAAAAAUCAUGUUCAAAUUGGAGAAAUUAUAAUGUAUAGCUAUUAUAAUUUGUGGCACUGUGCUGUCGUAUUAGAAAUAAUCGAAACUACAGAAAAGGAGGUUCGGUGUAAAAUAGCGCACUAUGCGUUUUGUGGUUUUUGGAAGCAUCGAACAAUACAAGAAGAUCCACUACCGAUACCAUUGGAUGGUUCAAUGUUUGUGAUAACGUAUUCCAAGGAAUACAAUGUAUAUGAACCUCAGGAAGUUGUCAAAAGAGCACGUAGCAGAAUUGGAGAACAACUGUUUUCAUUCUUUUCAAAUGAUUCAAGUCAAUUUGCUCGAUGGUGUAAACUGAAAUUACACCGAGAAGAUGAGAAAAAUACCAAACGUAUUAGUUUCACAACUUAACUCAAAUCUUGUUAUAUCUUUAUCGUUAUCCAUCAGGGACGAAUGUAAAUAAAGGCGAGGAGACGUGUAUAUAUUGUUUAAAGUGUUAAUGCCGGAAUACUGAACUAUUUGAAAGUUUGGCAGAUAGUACUAAAAAUUGAUGCUUAACGUGUACCAUACUUUCGUGUGUCUUAAUGGUUAAAGUCAUAUGAAACGAGAAAAAAUAUGUUUAUUCAAUUCUUCCACCAAUGCAUGUAUAUAUCAUUUACCUGGUCUUAUGUGCAAGAAGUAAUCAAUCGUAUAAUCGUAAAAACAAUUCGGCUCGUCUGUAAUGAUGUGAAAAUAUGACAGCUUAUUAAUUAAUUGUCGUGUUUUGAAGCCUUAUUUUACUGAUUUUCACCAUAUGGUAAACAACCAACAAAGACGCGUGGAUACUGAGCACGUGUAUAACAUGUUCAAUAAUAUAAAAGUUUAUUUCAAUGAAAAACCCAUGCGUAUUUCGAUCAUCGGAUUUUUACGAGAAAGGUCACACUUAGUGCACUGCACACGGAAAACAUGUUUUUUGGCCAUUUGAAAGAAUAUCACCAAAAAAAAAUGAUAAAUCAAUGCAUUUUGGUACGCUUUUGUUUA